CGGAAAUCUCGCGAGGCCAACGACAACGACGCCAGCAGCCGGCAGCCAUCGACACCUAACAACACAGUCGGAGGAAAUAAAUCAAGAUGCGUACCUACGACGACACCUUCUCCGGCACGAAGAUCUAUCCUGGAAAGGGUAAGAUCUACGUCCGCGGCGACAGCAAGAUCUUCCGUUUCCAGAAGGGCAAGUCCGAGUCCCUGUUCCUCCAGCGCAAGAACCCCCGCCGUAUCGCAUGGACCGUCCUCUUCCGCAGACAACACAAGAAGGGUAUCUCCGAGGAAGUCGCCAAGAAGCGCUCGCGCCGCACCGUCAAGAGCCAGCGUGCCAUUGUCGGCGCCUCGCUCGAUGUGAUCAAGGAGCGCCGCACACAACGCCCCGAGGCGCGUGAGGCUGCCCGCAAGGCCGCCAUCGCGUCCGGCAAGGAGAAGAAGUCCGCUGCCGAGUCGGCAAAGAAGGCCAACAAGGCCAAGACCGCUGCGAACGCUGCCAAGGGAGGAUCGAGGAUCACGAGCAAGCAGGGCUCCAAGGGAGCUCAGGCUAAGGUGGCCGCCAACACCCGCUAAAUCGUUGGGACGAUGGGUUUGGGACUACUCGGGCUGGGAAUUUUUACGUGAUACGGGGCUUGCUGGAUGCGCAUAGUAGCUGUUGUAGCUGUUGUUCAAUGCAAGUCUGAUACGUGUAUGCGGGACU